ACCGGAGCAGCAACAUGACUAAAUAAUCAGAAAUCAUGGUCAACUUCCAAACUUAUAACUGUGUAAUUAUCUGUUUAAAGCGUCGCUGGUCUGGAUUAAUCAACUAAUGAAGUUUGUUGAGGAAACUAAGAAGAGAAGAAGAGAAAGAUGUCUGCUUUAAAAUCUACUUUAUCCGUGUUUCUCCUCAUAUGUUUCCUGUCCUGUUCUGUCUCUGAAGUUUUUGUUCUUUCAGAGAAAACAGUGAAGUCUGGAGAUGAUGUCACUCUUCACUGUCAGAGUCCCAGAGAUGAAGACAUCAGAUCAUUACAGUGGAUCAGACCUGACCUGAAGACAGAGACAGAUGGAUACGUCUUCUUCUUCAGAGACAACCAAACAUAUGAAGACUACCAGCAUCCAUCGUUUCAUGGUCGAGUGCAGCUGAUGGAUCCACAGAUGAAGAACGGAAACGUUUCAGUGAUUCUGAAGAACGUCAACAUCAACGACACUGGAACAUACGAGUGUCGAGUUUCAGUGAGCAACACAAAGCCUGACCUCAUGAACAUCAUCAUCCUGACAGUCACUGACUCAGGUCAAACAUCUGGAAACAUCCAGACUGAAGGAGAGAAGGAGGAAGGAGACAAGGAUGGAGGAAAUCUUGGACUGACAGUUGGACUGUCCGUUGCUGUUGGGAUUCUUCUUGUUGCUGUUGGUGGUUUUAUAUUUUAUAUAAAACAUAAUGGACGUCCUUUCCAACGUGUUCUCCGUAGAGAAGCUGUUCCCGAACCAGUCAGAAAGCUCUCUGCUCUCUGAACUCUUGAAUCUUUCUGCAGCUUUUACAGCAGCUACAUGGUCUGAAUUAGAACUGAGUCUAAAUGUUUAGAACUCAGUUCUUUCAUCAGAACUUAAAGAAAGUGGAGAAUGUGGUUUUAGUGUAAUUAGUGAUCAGGCUGCAGCUCCUCCUCUCAUCACAUCAUUUAUUCACAAUGUGAGAACAGCACUGAACUGUGAAGACAAUCAGACACAGCAGUCACACUGUGUCAUUAACACUUCCUGUUUGUCAUGUGACCCACACUGGUCCAUAAAAAUCAUUUUGAUCUAAUUUGAUCAUUUAAAAAAGCAGCGUCUGUAUAAAACGACUCAUUUUAUUAUCAGAAUUUGAUCCAUUUAGAACAAUAAUAUGCAGCCUAAUAAUGUGUGUGAUGUGGUUUUCCCAUAAAAAUGAUUAUUAUCACUUUAAAACCCUUAAAUAAUUCUUCUGCCUCAUUAAAACCCAGAAUCUAUAAUGAUGU